CCCGGAUGUGUAUCGCGCCGGAAGAGAAGAAGGUCCUUUUCCCAGCCAUCUUGUGGCUUCAUCUAGCGAAGUGUUCGCACCAAGCCUCGUAGAAUCGGAGGAAAAUCCUGCUGAAGGGGCGCCAUCAUGCCCGGACAUAUGCAAAGCAAUUUUGGCUGUGCCGUUGCCAAUCGGUUCGACCAGUUAUUUGACGACGAGUCGGAUCCCUUUGAGCUGCUGAAGCAAGCAGAAGUGAAGAAGAAGGAGGCUCCUGUUCCUGGUGCCGCCAAGACUGCAGCCCAGGCUGCCAAGCAGCCGAAAAAAGAGUCUCAAAAAGACAGAAAGACUCCGCUCUCAGAUAAGAAGGAGGAAACCCAGGCACCCGUCCCACUUAAGAAAGAUGGUGCCGGCAUGAGGAGAGUGGGCCGCAAGCCAGACGGCGAGGGCUCCAGACCCCAGGGCGGCCAGGGUGAGGGGCGCCCCCCCACAGACAGGCGGCCAGUGGACAGGCGGCCCCCACGUCGCUUCGAGCGGCCUGCUGGUGAAGGUGGAGAGAAGCCCGAGGGUGGCGAAUUCUCAGUGGAGAAACCCAUCGGUGACAGGGGGUACAGAGGACGUGGCGGCGGCGGUGGAAGAGGAGCCCGCGGAGGCAGAGGGCGCGGCAUGGGUCGCAGUGACGGCUUUGAUGCCCGAGGAAAGCGCGAAUUUGAUAGACACAGCGGCAGCGACAAAAGUAGUCUGAAAGGUGAGGAGAAGCGCGGUGGAAGCGGAUCUCACAACUGGGGCACCGUCAAGGAUGAACUCAAUGAGCUUGACCAAUCUAAUGUCACUGAAGAGAACCCUGAAGGAGAGGAGCACCCACCUGCUGACUCUGAGAACAAAAGGGAGAAUGAGGCCGAGGAAGUUAAGGACGAAAGCGCCAAAGAGAUGACUCUGGAUGAGUGGAAGGCUGUGCAGGACAAGGAGCGGGCCAAGGCGGAGUUCAACAUCCGUAAGCCCAAUGAUGGAAAAGACUGGGGCAGUGGAUUUGUGCUGCACAAAUCCAAGGCAGAGCCAGAGAAGAAAGGCGAAGUGAUUGAACCUGAGGUUGAAGAACCAAAGGUGGAGGAGGAGCCCCACUUCCGAAAGCCAGCCAAUGACAUCACGUCUCAGCUGGAGAUCAACUUUGGAGACCUGGGCCGUCCAGGCCGUGGGCGCGGUGGACCACGUGGUGGUCGUGGCGGUCGUGGCCGCGGGGCUCCCCCAGGCGGUGAAACUGCCAGACCGGUCCGUGCACCAAGGCCUGAAAAGUCAUCUGCGUCGGUGCCCAACGUGGACGACCCAGAGGCCUUCCCAGCCCUGGCUUAAGCCCGGCAGAGGUCCCUCAGGCCUACAGGAGCCUCUAAGCACCUCCACUACGAGGCUUGCAUGUUCCUGGAUCCUUCAGCAAAGUGAAAUGAUGGAGAAGACUGUCAUUAACAAUGGCACUCAACGUGAGGACUGAGUUUUACCCAAUAAAAACAAAACAAAGAUGGAAAAAAAAAAAAACAAAUUAACAAAAAACAAAAAAAUGAAAAGAAAAGGACUUCUUGCUACUCCGGAGCAACUUAUUGGUAGAGGUUUUGUACUCGGAAACAAAGUAGCAGGGAUGUUUUCAUACAGUAUUUUUUCAGAGUUUAUGCAUUGUCCAUUGAUAAAUUUUUGUAAUUGCUGCUUUAAAUGCAUUUGAAAAUGUAAGCAAAAGAAGGGUGUCUUUAGCCGGUGUUAGCUGUUGCUUUCUUGCUUUGAAAUAGGCACGGUGGAGCUCCUACCCAAGCUCAUAAGCUCUGCUGCACCAGGUGUUUCUGAAGAUGUUACAGCUUCACUCAUUGAGAUUUACAGCUUUUUUUUUUUCUUUUUUUUUUUGUUAAGCACUGGGGUAUUGUUUUAUAUUUUAUACAGGAGGUCUAUUCUUCUAUGAUCUUCAGCCUGUAAAUCUUAACUAUUUUCAUAAAUUCUUUCAGAGACUGUAUUUCACAUGGUGCAAACGGGACACUUGGAUCUUUGAUCAAGUGAUGCAGCCUACAUUUAAAUGCAUCGAUGGAAUGGAACCUAAAUCCGUGUUAAGGUUCUUUUGUACUGAAGUGUUCUAAAGGAAGAACAUUAGGUCACUUUGGAGGAACACAGUGGUUAUUACUCUUAAAUUUGCAUUGUUCUGGAGACAAUUAUGAAGUGGAUUAAUUUGAAGCUGGCAGUUAAUUCAUUUGUUCUGAUUUACCUGUAUUUGGGGUGCUAUAAUACAUCUAAUGUCUCUUCCUCCCUGCCCAUUUCAUCUGGAAUCACUAGCUUUGGGAAAGCCAAUGAAUACCUUUGUUUUGUACUUUGAGGAGUGAUGCAGAGAGGAGGUGUCUUCACAGCAGAGAUGUGACUGCAAUCCUCUGGACGCUCUCAGACCUUCUCUGGCUGCUUACACUCCAGUUGAGCCUCCAUCACAGAUGUAAACUCAGCCCAGCUUCGGUUUGUUUCUGCAGUCUGUUCUGUGCUCAUAUUUUCCUCCACUGUUGACUUGCCAUGUAGCUUCUACAGUGGCACCACUGCAUAAUUGCUCUGAAAGAAAUACAGCUGUUCAUUGUGUGGAACAACUGAAGUGCUCUACAAAUGUGUGAAUUCCAGCCCUGCUAUUGGAGACCUCUGUCGGUAAAUAAAGGUGGUCGAAGAAU